GAGCUGAGACCUGAAGCGAUGUAAACCAGAUUUAUCUUUGUUUGGACACAAUAAGAAGCUCCUUUUUAAAGCAGUUACAAUAAGCUGAAGAUUCUUAUUAUUGCGGAGCGGCAGGCAUCGAUUCUUGUUUGAUAUUUGGAUCUGGAUUGUGUCCCAGGGACCUGGACGUGGACACAGAACAGGUUACUCCUGCUGUAUAUUGGUGACUCCUGUGUCAGUGACUCCUGGACAACUGAUUCCUGUACUGGGCACUCCCAUAAAGGAGCCAUGGUGAUGUCCAUCAUCAUCUCUCUUUAUCUCAUCCUCUUCAUCACUCACUUUAUUAUCCGAUCAUGGUGGAAACAGAAUAGAUACAAGUCAUUGCCUCCAGGACCUACCCCAAUUCCUGUGCUGGGAACUCCCAAGUAUAUGGAUUUAAGAUAUGCUAAAAGGAACUUCACAAAGCUUAGUCAGAAAUACGGAUCAGUAUUUACCAUCUGGAAAAAGUCAGAACCUGUGAUUGUUCUUUGCGGUUAUGACACGGUGAAAGACGGCCUGAUGGAUAACGCCGAGUGCUUCUGUGAGCGACCAUAUAUCCCAGUAGUGUACAACUUCAGCAAGGGAUACGAUGUUAAUGGACCGCGAUGGCGCUCACUUCGUCGAUUCACCGUAGAUUUUCUUAGGAAGUAUGGGAUGGGGAAGAAGGUCAUGGAGAUGAGAAUAUUGGAAGAGUCCAAGUACCUUGUCCAAGCUGUAGCAGAGUCAGGAGGGAAAGUCUUCAACCCAACAAUGGCCCUGUCCUGCGCUGUGGGAAACACAAUGGGUGGAAUGAUGUUUGGGCUGCACUUUGAUUACAAGGACAAGCAGCUGCAUGAUCUUCUCUUUUCCAUCACCAAACACAUUAGAGGAUUUGUUUCUCCACUAAGCACGGUCUGCAAUUCUCUCCCAAUACUUCUGAAGAUCCCAUACAUCAGACAAAAAGUCUUUCAAAAUACUGAAUAUAUUUUGAGAUUCGUGGCAGAAUCCGUAAAGCAUCACAAAGAGAAUUUGAAUCCAGAGUCACCAAAGGAUUUCAUAGACUAUUUCCUUCUGAAGAUAAAGGAGGUGGAAAAUGAAGUGGAUCCCGAUUUCUGUGACACCAGUCUCCCCGCGAUGGUUUUAACAACUUUAGCAGCAGGAACUGAGACGACAGCUGCCUCCCUAAAAUUCAUUGUGGUGCUAUUGGCCCAUUAUCCAGAAGUGCAAGCUAAAGUUCAGCAGGAGAUAGAUGAGGCAACCAAGAACUUGCGUCAACCUGAGAUCGCGGACAGACCCCAGAUGCCGUACACAUAUGCUGUCAUCCAUGAAAUACAGAGAGUUCUUGAUAUUGCACCAACUGCACUUUUCCAUGCUGUCAAUCAAGAAGUCAAGUUCAGAGGUUACACCAUCCCAAAGGGAACAACUGUGAUCCCCUUCCUCACUUCCGUCCUGAUGGACCCAUCUCAGUGGGAGACUCCAGAAGAGUUCAACCCUAGACAUUUCUUGACUGAGGAUGGGCAGUUCCGCAACCAGUUGGCAUUCAUGGUUUACUCAGCAGGGAAGCGAGUUUGUCCUGCAGAGAACAUGGCCCGCAUGGAACUCUUCCUGUUCAUAUCCGCUCUGCUCCAAAAAUUCACUUUCAUCCUCCCCCCGGGGACAAAACUUCAGGAUGCAAAAUUUCUGAACUUACACAAGACUGAAAUCCUUUUAUUUGCCGAGAUACGUGCUGAACCUCGUAUGUUGUCCAAGUGAACGCCUGAUGUCCAGCCGCACACCAUGGAAGAGAAUGAGAAGACAUAACAAUCCAGAAAAUGAUGAAUGAAAAUAUGUUAAAAUGUUUAGAAUAUUGGUAAUCCAGAUACAAUGUUACUGUAGCUUUUCCUUUGUAAUUACAGCUCAGACAUCAGAAUAUCUCAUGACCUGUCCCAUUGUGAUUACAGGAGACUAUUCCGCCAUGUUCUGUAUAUUAGAAGCCUUCUAGGGGGAAUGGAGUGAAAUCCACUUCUGUAUGUGGAGAUUUGGAUCAUUCGAACAUUUUAACUUGAGAUGAGCAAAUUGAUUCUAACAAUUCAAAAUAUAUCCAGAUUUUAUUUUAUUUUUUUAAAUUUGGAUUUUUUAGAACCUAAGUUUAUUGAUAUUGAUUCUAGUGAAUUUUUCCAGAGAGAGAAGAAGCGAGAGAGAGUACAGUACAUUCAAUAGUAUAUUCAAGGAUUGAUCCCUAUACAAAGUGCAUGGCCGAAUUGUACGAA